AAAGUAGAGGAAGUCAAAGGUCGAAGUAAGGCACUGCAUGGGAUUCUUUUUGCAUGAGCACGUACUAUAAGUAGGACCCGAUGGAAUGCUUAUCCAAGCGAACGUAAUAUUUAGAUUAAAACUUGAGAAGAUAUUUUUGACGAGAUAGUUGUUUACAACAGGUUCAUACAGAAACAUGGCGUGGUUUAAAACAUUUCGCAAGCAAAAACACGAUGCCAUGAAUCGGUCAGGAUUGGAGUAUACUAAAACAGAUCAAGAAGAAGAAGAUCAUUUCAUGGCGAAACAUACACAUCAAUAUACUCCAGACGUAAAAGACCGCAAAGGCACGAUACAUCGCGAAAGAGCGAUCAUGGGUUACGAAGACACCGUAAGAGCAGCGCGCAAGCAUCAUGUCGAUUCUUCGCCAGUGUUUGUAGAAAGUGUGAAGGGGAAAAUAUUUAUGACUGAUUAUACGGAGACGAUUAGGAUUUAUAACACAAAUGGAAAGAGGUUACCAAGUGUGCACGCAGAGAGUCAACAUUCAAUGUUAUCAGGAAUGGCAAUCAACUCUACAGAGAAGAGUUUGUUUGUAUGCGACGCCCACGCUAAAGGACAAGCACGUGUUCAGAUAUUUAACAUCGCUGAUGACAUAACUCCGGUAGUCUAUUUGGGUCACGGAUUAUUUCAAGCUCCGCAUGGCAUUACAGUCACAGAUGACAAUCGCACAUUAGUCACGGAUGUUGAGAGAAAAGAAGUUUUUAUAAUUCAAGAUGACGGUUAUAACGCUCUUUGCUUUGGGGGACCUGGUCGUCGUCCGGGUCAAUUUUCUUUCCCCCAUGACGUUAUAUAUGAUGCCCAACACCGGCGUGUUGUUGUGUCCGACACACAUAAUCACCGAUUGCAGGUUUUUAACGAUCAAGGCCAGUUCUUAGAGGUUAUCGAGUUUGAUGCGGAUGGAAGCCGGUUAUUUAACUACCCAACUGGUAUGAAACUCGAUCCGGUCGGCAAUUUAUUAGUGUGUGAGAAUGGCAGCGAUUCAUUGAAAAUUCUUGACAAAGACUAUCGUCCAUUCCGGACGUUAUCAAUGAGCAGUAUGGGACUGAAGAAUCCAACCUCGGUAGCGGUGUUGCCAUAUGAAAGACUGUGUGUUUCCAGCCGGGAACAAUCAUGCAUCGUCAUUUUUUAAAUCAUAUUUCUUUUUAUUUUUUGUAAUUUCAAUUGUAAUUUAAAUUUUCUACCCAAUUUUUUCGAGUUUGUAAUCCAUGGAUUAUUUCUCAUUAGUACUUGACGUAAACCAUAACAUAUGACGUUAAAAUUGCCGCUAGACACUUCCGCCAGCUUUUGAACUUUUUAAAGUUACCAUUAUGAAUGUGUGGGAAAAUGUAGAAAAAAACGUUGGAGUUGAUGAUUAAUCGCAAUGCGAAUACAAGUAAUCAAAAAAAAAAUGUUUUAGAAUAAACAAGGACAAUGUUUUUAAAAUUUCCAUUACUUUAAAAAAUAAAAACUUUUACGUAACGUAAAUUCUGUCUCCUUUGUUUUAAUGUCAAAGCAAGUGAGAUAUGAAUUUAUGUUAAGUUGUCUAAAAAAUUUUAUUUAUGUUUCUCUUCAGACCCCAUUUUUACCGUUUCGUGAAAUGGCCUGGGGACAAAUAGAUCCUUAAGAUAUGAGAUGGGAUUUAAAGCUGACGUCAGCAGCUUAAAAGUAAAUAAAAAUUAUGUAACUUAGCAAGCUGUAAAUAUUUUUUCUUAUAUAAAAAAGAUAAAAAGUGGAAAUAUGA